GACAAAACGAGUUUCACCUCCCGGUAUUGUUGACAGAGGAGGGAUGUUGCACAUGGUUCAGUCUGGACUGGGAUACCGGCUCGAACUGUACAGGCAGACUUUCUCACAUUAACCAGGCACAGCUCGACUCGACUGGGCUUUACGUGUUGGACAAGUAGGCUCGCCUGCGGUUUCAUGCUUUCUGCUGGCUACAAUGAAGCUGUGAUGGAGCAGAAAUGUGUUCAGAUACCAAGGAGACCUUUGUGCUUUUUAAGAAAACAAUUUCUGCAACAACAUGGCCGGGAAUCAGAAUAACUACUGGGGCCAGCAUGGCCUGAACAGAGAGUGCUUUGGCCUGAGUGCUGACAUGGAACAUAACCUGACGGAGCUUCAACAACAACAGGACAAGGAAUUUAACUGCAACCUCUCCAUCUCUCAGUCUCCUUUCUACUCUGAUUCGUACCGCCUACACCCUGAUAACGUGCUGCGGCCCCAUGAGGGAGACCAGGUGGUCCCUUCUUCCCAGAGACGGACAAUAUUUGGGGGCUACCAAAAAGAAGCCAAACCUCUGCCACCGCCGCCUGACCCUGAGGAGCUCAUGUCUGAUGAGGCGGCAGACAGCGAGGUGGAGUUUUUUACCAGUGACCGACGGCGCCUUUUGCCCAAAAGCUGCCCAAAGGCCAUGUGCAGGGGCACGAACAGAGAAUACGGUCAAGUGAAUCAAGCCUACCAGGCUGCUGGGACUGACUCCAUAGCCUUCUCUUGGCCAGGCAGACCAUCAGGUAGAGGAAGUGGGUUUUGGGCACUCGCUCUCCAGAGAGAAGACCACCAGCAUGUGGGGCCCACAGUCGGGGAUACGUUAGGUAGCAAACACCCCAACCAUCCAGACCAAUCAUCCAGAUUCCGAUUUUCCUGUUCAGGCCCUCCUUCCGAGCCUUUCCACAGCAGUACCACAACCUGCCCCACUGGCAGGCCACUGAUCCCUCCUCGUAUCCCCAUCCCGCCAAAACCUCCCGCUCUUUUUAGGACUGUGAGCGCCAACGAUGAAGACAAGCCUCCCAAAAUUCCUCCCCGGGUCCCCUUAGUCCCUCCCUGCCCACCACGUACCCCGAGCCCCAAAAGCCUUCCAAUUUACAUCAACGGCGUGAUGCCAGCCACACAGAGUUUUGCUGCUAACCCAAACUAUGUGAGUAAGGCAUUACAGAGACAGCAGAGUGAAAGGGCACCCCCUGCUGCUCAGUUUUCUCCCUGCAUUGUUCCCAUUUUGAAGGAUGGCAGACAGGCCAGCGCAACACACUACAUCCUGCUGCCGCCCGGCCGCCCGCCAUAUUCAGACAGACGAGAAAGACUCCGGAGUGAACCGACCAGGACGGGAAACCGAUAGAAACCCUCGCUUACGUCACUGUCUGUAACUUGAUGAAACUGUGACUGACAUCCUUAAUAACCAUGUGAUACACUAGUGUGUGAAAACAUCAUCAUUCACAUGUCUAAUGUCAUGUUGGAGUUCAUUUCAAUGAUGUACAGUCAUGGAAAAAAUGAUUAGAUCAUUGUUUUCUUCAAUUUCUCAUGCAUUUUAAUGCCUGGUACAACUACAGGUACAUUUGUUUGGACAAAUAUAAUGAUGACAACAAAAAUAGCUCAUAAGAGUUUAAUUUAAGAGCUGAUAUCUAGACAUUUUCCAUGGUUUUCUUGAUAAUAACAAAAAUCAUUAUCAAAAAAACAAAGCUAGAUAUCAGAUCUUAAAUGAAACUUGUUUAAGGUAAACAAAUGUACCUUUAGUUGUACCAGGCAUUAAAAUGGACAAUACAUUGAAGAAAAAGGGUGGUCUAAUAUUUUUUUCCAUGACUGUAUUUCAAGAUCCCUUGUGUCACACAACACUGUGAGGUUACUGUGUCUGUUUUUUGCCGAACAUUUUACCGGUCAGUAUUUUAGCAACGUGGAAAACAAAAUAACAUUCCAGUAUUUUCUCUAAGAGUGUAGAGAGAUAUUUAUAUAACCAUUGUCAAUGUUGGUUUACUCAGUUACUGCAGUUUUCUCACAGGGGAAAUGUCUUAUCACUCAUUAAUUGUUAAGUCUGACAGCCAUAUGCUCAUAUCACUAAUAAUACAGUUCUUACAAGAGAGCUAAUAAUUACUGUACGUACGAGCUGGGCUUGUACCAAACUGUUCAUCCCAUGUUUGUUUUUUAAUGACAUUGCUGCUUGAAAUCUUAAGUAUGUAGUAUUGAUAGAUUUAAUGUUUUGCUGAAUCAUUGUCACAUUAAGAUUUAACAAUGUGGUUUGUAUUAGAACGACCAAAACAUGCUUUGAACUUCAGUGAAACCAAAAGCUACACCUGAUAAAACUCUAACUAUUUCGGUGUUCUUGCCUUUUGCAGGCUCUUAAUUUCUCUGCUGAUGUUUUUAUUUUAAAGUUACAUGCCAAGCUACACCCUACCUGCAAAAUAUUCAACAUUGUCAUUUAACUUUGACUCUUGCAUUAUAUUUCAUGCUUGUGUGCAAAACGUUGAAUUUAUUUAAAGGAAAGUUGUGUGAGUGAGACAAACAAAAGUGCAGCUGCACCACCAGAAGACAUGACUGAAACCUGCGGCCACCCUUAAGUUGACUGACAGGUCUUUUAUUACAAAUGAAGUACACAAGUCAAAAAGUCAUUUUUUUUCUGUUUUCAGAUGCUGUUUGUUCGUUUUUUCCCAGAUCAUAAAAUUAAUUUUCAGUUCUAAUCAGCUGACAGAAGUUUUUUAAUCACUAUGAUGAAUUGUUUUCAUAAUGAAAUUGAUCUCAAACAAUGUAUGAUCAACAAAGUACAGAUUGGGCUUUUAAUGAUUCUUUAUUUAUGUGUGUGGGCAUGGAAAUCAUGUUACGUUUACACUG